CCAGGAACGAACAAUUAAUUCUGAAGAACUCGGUGCAAUGCUGUCCGCAGCAUGAGUGCACAUUGAAGAAGCCCCUAGACCUAUCAGCAAUUGCUUACAAGACUGUGUUUGAAGAUGCAAAUCACCCUGGCGUUUUCAGCAGCUCUUCUUGGAGGCUAAAAGCCAGGCAUUUUACCACGUUAGUAACUGUAGAGAUUUUACUUCGAAUUUAGAACCUGAUAGCCUGUUUCAGCCCUAGCUGUCCGCCAAGCAUCCAAUACCCAAUCCCGCUGCAAGUCACUAGCAGUCAUGAGGCGCGGCCCAGGCAUCGCGGGGCUGCAACAUGCCGCUCGAACAAAGGAGCAGUACAAGCUUACGGGGGCCGAGGUCAAAAAGAACACCCUGCAGGCCAUGCACGAGCAGCUCUCCUCCUUCCGAACCCACCUCGAGGAGUUCGCUCGCAAGCACCGGGCCGACAUCCGGCGCGACCCCGCCUUCCGCGCCGCCUUCCACUCCAUGUGCGCAAACAUCGGGGUGGACCCGCUGGCGUCGAACAAGAGCCUGUGGGCAUCAGCACUGGGUUUCGGAGACUACUACUAUGAGCUGGGGGUGCAGGUUGUGGAGGCCUGCCUGGCCAGCCGCCCCCUCAACGGCGGGCUCAUGGAGCUGGGUGCGCUGCUGCGGGCAGUCAACAGGCGGAGGGGGGCGGCGGGGGAGCCGGCCAGCGAGGAUGAUGUGGUUCGUGCCAUCAAAAAGCUGGCCGUGCUGGGCGGCGGCUGGGACCUGCUGGUCCUGGGUGGCCGCUGCUUCGUGCGCUCCGUCCCCGGGGAGCUAGACACAGACCGCACCCGCGUGCUGGAGAUGGCGGCGGGGGGCCAGGCGGGGGGGCAACAGGGUGGCGGUGGCGGCAGGGGGUUCACCAGUGUGGGUGAGGUGGUGGCGGUGACUGGCUGGCCGGCCAGCCGAGCGGAGGGAGUGCUGCAGGCCCUGAUGCGGGAGGGUAUCGCCUGGGUGGACGACGGGGCGCCGGACGGAGUGCGGCUGUACUGGUUCCCCUGCCUGGGUCCAGGGGUGGCGCAGCAGUCGACUACGUGAGGAGCUGGAGGGGAAAGGGGAGGGGGAAGGGGAGGGGGAAGAGGGGAAGCGGGAAGGUAGAGCAUGUAGAGCAUUGCAUGGUCGACUGUGCGUAUACUGGAUAGCGGACCAGAAGUGAGAGCCAACGGUAGGGCCUAGCAGCACUUGCAAUGCUGGACUACCAUUAAAGCGUUGCGGAAGGACAAGUCAUGGGUGGCCAACUAGCCAUUGCUGGGUAGGGUGUGGGCGCUUAGGUGUUAAGGGUAUACGAGUCGAGUGCUCGCUUUCUUCUUGUCCAGAGGUGCUGGGCUCGAGGGGGUAGUGAUGUCGGAGGUGGUUGGUAACGCGGUUCACUUUGCGUGGGGCAUUACUGUAGCACGCAAGACGCUAGCAACAGCUCAGAGCGUGCAGCAACCGAUUGAACACCAGGAAACCCUUUGCCAAGUGCUCCCAACAUUGCGUCCUACGCUGCUGGAUUCGCGGGGGUGUCUCUGGGACGCCGCUAGGAAUUUGGGAAUGUAGAGGGCGGCAUCAACAAAGAUGCUGCGGUUCAGUCAUGUAAAAAGCUGACAUGUCC